AUGGCUGGAUACUAUAAAUUUAAUGGCGUGACACAGCGGCUCAUUGGGGCAACUGCAAAUGCGUACACCCCGCAAGAUCUGCGUCCAGCUGCCCCGUCUGUUCGUCCUCCUCUCAUCUUUGUGUCCCCGACCAAGUUGGUGUCAGAAGAAGGAAGCCAGGUGCAAUAUUUGGGCACCACCAAAGUCCGCGACUUGCAGAAAUUCUUCCAGAGGUCUGAUGGGGUCCCCAUUCACCUAAAGGGGGGAUUGAUUGACCAGCUGCUGUACAGGACCACCAUGGGGCUGACCAUCGGAGGGGCCCUUUACUGCCUUGUAGCGCUUUACUUUGCUGCUCAGCCUAGCAAUAAGUGA